AUGUCUAGCAACCAAAAGCAAGCUGUUCUCUUUGUGGCGUUUCUCUGUCUGGACCUGUGUACCUGCGUGAGCACCAUGCCAAUCUGUGCCUACGGACACGCUGGCUGCCAGCUCCUGUCUCUGGCUAACCUCUUCGACAGGGUCAUCCAACACUCGGCCAGGAUGCACGGGCUGUCCAGCGACCUGCACUCAGAGCUUGAGAAAUAUUUCCUGCCUGGCAAAAACCACAUUGGUAGUAUAUAUCGCAAGUGUCACACAUCGAGCAUCCUAACUCCUAAUGGCAAAGAAACUGCACAGAAACUGGCUCAUGAGGAAUUAACAGAGGUCAUUCUCAAGCUGUUGAUGGCCUGGACGUAUCCUCUGUCCAUGCUGCACGAGAACAUGUCCCAACAGCAGGUCUUUAACAGCUUCAUCAACAGUAAAGCUUUGGAGAUGAAUAACAUUGCACUUGAGCUCAGGAAAGGAGUGGAGAAAGUCAUGGAGAAGAUGCAGUUGUUGGGGAUGAUCAGUAACUUAAUGAAUGGCUUCACCUCUUCUGAAGACUUAUUUCCUACCAGCGGCGAAGCCAUGAGUGAAUAUGAGCUCCUCUACUGCUUCCGCCGUGACUCUGACAAGGUCCAGAACUACCUGAAGAUCCUUAAAUGCAGGAUUGUCCCUGAUCAUGGCUGUUGAGCACCCACCCGUCAUCAGCCUGGUUAAACUGCACACUGUAUACAGUAUAUCUCUUUGUAGGCAUUAUUGAUCUUCCACUAUUUAUGUCCGUG